AUGAUUGAUUACGUCAAGACCGUCGAAGGGGACGAACUUUCGCCAUAUCUCUGGGGUUACUGGCGGUAUACAUUUAUCUGUAUGCAUUUGUUCGACAUGGAAGACUAUUCGGGAAUCAAACGUGCAAGUAAGCUGAAUAAGUUAAUGGUGACCCAACGUGUCAAAGAUGAGAGCAUUCAAAGACGAAAGCAUUUUGCAAAAAUGUGCUUUCGCAUUUCAGGCAACUUGUUGCUGAAAAUAAAUGGAAAGUUGGGAGGCUCGAAUUGGCAAGUCAGUCAAUUAUCAGAUUGGUGGGGAAAGGAGAUCAUCAUGGUUGCCGGUGCUGAUGUAACACAUCCAACUUCUAAAAACGCAAGCAUUCAAAAAUCUGUUGCAGCUGUUGUGGCCUCGAUUCCUCCAGACCUGAUGAAGUAUGCUGCAGUGGUUAGACAACAGGAACACAAAUUGGUCCGUGAGUGCAUAAAUGGAAUGGAGGACAUAUUUACGGACCUUUUGGAGGUAAUAAGCGCAUUUUUGAAUUGCAUAUACUGUAGUUUUCACUAUUAUCAUAAGAUGUCUAGAGGCCAAGACAGAGAUUGGCCACGUGGUAUUGAUAGAGGUGGAAACCGUGGUGGUCGGGGAAGUCGUGGAGGUGGUCAAGGUUACCAAUCUGGACCUCGUGGUGGUGGUGGUGGUGGUGGUAAUGAAGGUGGACACCGUGGUGCUCCGGGUGGUCAUCGGGGUGGUCAAGGAUUUCAUUCUGGACCUAGUGGUGGUGGUAAUGAAGGUGGAUAUCGUGGUGCUUCAGGUGGUCGUGGCCAAGAUCCUUCCCGUGUUCGUGGAGGCAAUCGUGGACGCUCGCGCGGUGGUCUAAAUGAAGGUCAGGGCGGUUAUGGCUCAAGCCGUGGGGGUCGAGCACAACCACGUGGAGCAGGUGGUUGGGGUGAUAGAGGUGAUAUUCGGUGUUUUUCUCCAUCUUCAACACCAGCAGGAGAUGUAGAAACGACUACGCCACCUAUUGUUUCUUCUGAACUUCCGCUGGAAAAGUCUGGUCCUAUCGCGUCGCAUUCAAUACCGCCACCAGGGGACCAACCAACAGGUGAAUCGGGAAAUAGUGGAAAUAGUAAACGCAAAAAACGUGGUAAAGGCCAAGGUUCUUCCGGGAAUCAGUCUGAUAGUGGUGGUGAAUGCUUCCUCUUAUCCUAUCUACCAAUUAGUGUUAAUGUACUGAAUGAAGUCUUCAAGCAGGACUGUGGGACACUAGAAGCCUCUAUCACCCAUCGAUGUAAGAUUUAUCUUAUUGAAUGGAUUCCAUCAACUCGAAUCCUUUCUAGGGAGAUUUCUCUCUCACGUGAGCGCUAUUUGCCAAACCGGCCCUCCAACGGUAAAGUGGGUAAACCAACGAAGGUUGUGGUCAAUUGUUGGGAUCUGGAGAUUGGCAACACACUUAUACAUCGUUACGACAUUCAACCUGUGAAUUUGUUUACAGUUAACGAAAAUAAUCAAGAAAAAAUACUGACGGACAGGGUUAACCGUCUAAGAAGACACAUGCCACAUGUCUUUAAUCUAAUGGGGCGGGAUGUGUUUUCUGACGGUCAAAGGUUCCUCUACACGCUGAAACCUUUAGAUAAUAAUAGAUUCCCUAAUGACAGUCCCAUUACACUGGCCUUACCGGAGACUGAGGGAGAAAAUGUGAAACUUAGAUAUAUUAUCAAAUAUGUCGGAACCAUAUCGGCUCAGCCUAUAUUGGAUUACCUGACAAAGGGCCCAGCAAGAACAGAUCAACUUCCCCAAGAUGCUAUCAAUAUGCUCGACAAUUUAUUGAGGUGGAUAAAUAAAGAUCAAUAUACUCUGAUCAAAAGUGGUCUGUUUAGCGACAAAAGUGAGCCUAGACCAGAAUUCGUUGUAUUCAAGGGUUUCUCAGUAAGUGCUCGUCCACAAUGGAAACUAAGGCUCAAUGCAGAUUUGACCUUCAAGGCCUUUUUCCCCUCUGGUAAUCUCGCCGAAGUGAUAUAUGAUAUGAAAGGGAAUGAUAUAAGUGCUCAAGAACAGAUAAUUGAGGAUGCGGGAAUCUCAAUUGCAGCGUACUUCCAAAACAAAUACAACAUUAGAUUAGAAUAUCCCGAACUUCCUUGCGUGAAGACCAAAAAGAACAAGGACGAGUUUAUACCGAUGGAACUCUUGGAAAUUAUGCCUUUCCAAUCUCCAAAUCUAGAUCCAAGUGUAGUGGCUCCCGAAAUGGUGCGUAUCGCGGCAGUGAAACCCGAGCAACGUUUCCGGAAAAUUAGCGAUUUCAUCAGGACCGCUAUUAGGUGCGUAAAAUUACUGUAA